AUGGAAAACAUCCUCUUCGUCUCCAGAGAUAAACUCUCGGAGUUCAUGAUCAUUUGGAUGCCCUGGAUAGAAAUAGCACUUUCUGUCAACGAAGCUGCUCGGACAGUAGAUACAGUGUUUCCCUGUUCUAUAGAUGCCAAAUGUUUUUCACAGAACUCAAAGCCUAAUAACCCACAGACAGGUAAGGUAGAUGAGAGGCCACUGAUAUGUUCUGAGUGUGGGAAAUGUUUUACAUACAAAUGGCAUCUUGCAUUUCCAUGUUCUGAGUGUGAGAAAUGGUUUGCACACAAAUCAGAUCUUGUUAGACAUCAGAGAAUACACACAGGUGAGAAGCUGUUUUCUUGCUCUGAGUGUGGGAAAUGUUUUACACGGAAAUCACAACUUGUUAGACAUCAGCAAAGUCACACAGGUGAGAAGCCAUUUCCAUGUUCUGAGUGUGGGAAAUGGUUUGCACACAAAUCAGAUCUUGUUAGACAUCAGAGAAUACACACAGGUGUGAGGCCAUUUCUAUGUUCUGAGUGUGGGAAAUGUUUUACAUGCAAAUCACAUCUUGUUAUACAUCAGAGAAGUCACACAGGUGAGAAGCCAUUUUCUUGCUCUGAGUGCGGGAAAUGUUUUACACAAAAAUCACAACUUGUUACACGUCAGCAAAGUCACAGGUUAACACUCAGUUAA